GCUUUAGAUUUGGGCGCAGAUGCAGGCUUUCCCUCUUCCUCCCUCUCCGCGGCUCAGGCUCUUAAAUUCCAUAGAGCAGUAGGUAGCUUCGAGGUUUGGCCAAGUUAAACCCUAAUAUCUUCGUAUACAUAAAAAAGGAACUAAGCAGUAUGGAAGAUAGGCCCAAGCUGCUGAUACUAUACGCUACUCAAACCGGUAAUGCGUUGGACGCGGCGGAGCGUGUGGGCCGAGAAGCCGAGCGCCGGGGAUGCUCCGUCAAGCUUCUUUCUAUGGACGAAUACGACGUUAGUUCCUUACCUCAUGAAGACACUGUAAUUUUUGUUGCUUCUACCACAGGCCAGGGAGAUACACCAGAUUCCAUGAAGGUCUUUUGGAGGUUUCUUCUGCAGAGAAAUUUAAGUAAGCAUUGGUUGGAAGGUGUACACUAUGCUGUGUUUGGCUUGGGAGAUUCUGGUUACCAGAAAUAUAAUUUUGUUGCGAAGAAGCUUGACAAAAGACUGGCAGAUCUUGGGGCUGUGGCCGUUGUUGAAAAAGGUUUGGGAGAUGAUCAGCACCCUUCAGGGUACCCACCACAAUGUAUCUGAUCCUUGGGGGCUUGGUUUCAUGGAGUUCAAGAGUCUAAAGAGAUCUUCAAAGCUGUCAAUUUCCCAAUCUUUGGCCACCCUGGUAAAGCUCACAUUCCAUUGGACUAGAUCACCAACUACCUUCAUGGGAUCGGCCACUGAAGCCCUUGAUGCUGCCCCCAAAGGAAGUCCGAGGUAUGAAGCUGCACUGGAUCCAUGGAUGUCAUCUCUAUGGAGUAUCUUGAAUAAAAUCAAUCCUAAAUUCUUCCCACAAGGUUCAUAUUUGGCGAUUCCAGAUAUGAAAUUGAUUGAUCAACCAAAAGUUCAGAUCACGUAUCAUGGUGAUGACAAUGUGGAUUCACAAUUGCCAACUAACCCUGAUUUAAAAUGGAUUGAGAUGCAGAUUGGGUGGGCUCGCUCAAUGUCUCCUGGAAAAUUUACUCAUGACAAGACUAGGCCUGGCUGCUUUCUGAAAAUGAUUAAAAAUCAACCGCUGACUAGAGCAGGAUGUGGCAAGGAUGUGCGCCACUUUGAGUUUGAAUUUGUUUCUUCUGUCAUUGAAUAUGUGGCUGGUGGCGUCCUCGAGGUUCUCCCCAGUCAGGAUUCUGCUGCAGUGGAUGCUUUCAUACAGCGUUGUAGUUUGGACCCCGAUGCUUUGAUUACUGUUCAUCCUAGAGAGAAGGACAAUCACUUUCUUCAUACUUGUACAAUUGCCAAGGUCCCGAUAAAAUUAAAAACUUUCGUGGAAUUGACAAUGGAUGUUGCAUCAGCUUCUCCUCGUCGCUAUUUUUUCGAGGUCAUUAGUUAUUAUGCAACAGCUCCACAUGAAAAGGAAAGACUUCAAUAUUUUGCUUCACCUGAAGGAAGAGAUGAUCUGUACCAAUACAACCAGAAGGAACGAAGAACUGUUCUUGAGGUAUUAGAGGACUUCCCAUCUGUCAAAAUGCCAUUUGAAUGGCUAGUGCAGUUGGUUCCUCCAUUAAAAACCAGAGCUUUCUCCAUAUCUUCGUCCCCUUCAGCUCACCCCAAUCAAGUGCACUUAACUGUCGAUGUAGUGUCAUGGACAACACCUUUUAAAAGAAAGCGAAGUGGUCUGUGCUCAAUGUGGCUAGCCAAACUUCAUCCUGAACAAAGCAUUUAUGUUCCAGCAUGGUUUCGGAAAGGUACCCUUCCUCUGCCACCACCAUCACUUCCCCUCAUUCUUAUUGGACCUGGAACUGGUUGUGCACCUUUCCGUGGAUUUGUGGAGGAAAGAGCUAUACAAAGUGAAUCCAAUGCAACCGCUCCAGUUAUUUUCUUUUUUGGUUGCCGAAACGAGGAGAAUGACUUCCUAUACCGAGACUUUUGGUUGUCGCAUUCACAAGAGGGUGGAGUACUUUCGGAAGCUAAGGGUGGAGGUUUUUUUGUUGCUUUCUCAAGGGAUCAGCCGCAGAAGGUUUAUGUGCAGCAUAAGAUGCGGGAAAAUAGUCGGGCAAUAUGGAAAUUGCUGAGCAAGGGAGCUGCUGUCUAUGUUGCAGGUUCAUCCACCAAAAUGCCUUCUGACGUGUUGUCUGCCUUUGAGGAUAUUGUAUCCACGGAAGGUGGGCUUUCAAAGGAAUCUGCUGUGAGGUGGCUUAGGGCACUGGAAAAGGCUGGCAGCUACCAUGUUGAAGCUUGGUCUUGAGCCUGCUUUAUUCGUUAUGUCAUGGAAAAGUGAAAACACCUGUUUUGCAGUGGAUUUUAUGGAUUGAGGUUCAGUGAAAUUUCUAACCGAUGUCUUUUGGCCAAGUAUACACCAGAAGCGAUUUGGGUAGAGGAGAUUGGUCCUCGAGAAAGCAUCUGUAAUAGUUGCAGAAUAUUGUACGAUAAGCUUAUAGAUAAUUUCUGAAUGUUUGAAUCACGCUACUUUUUUUUUGUUCUGUUUUUUUUAAGUCGGGGAGGGGGUCAAAUCCAACACCUCCAUUUUAGAGGUUUAGAUAUUAUGCCUUCAGGCCAUAUACCUUGA